AUGGACGCUCACUGCGGCACUACCUUCCUGAACACAUCUUCAGACCAUCGCUUACCCUCCGACGUGUUCGAUCACAUCCUCUCGAUUCUCGAAGUUCGAGGUCAAUCUGCAUCACUCGCCAAAGUUGCUCAAUGUUCAUCAUCAAUGUGCCAGAGGGUCAUUCCAUACUUGUACAGAUCAUUCACACUCGACGAUAAAUCGGUCAAUUGGAUUCUCAAAUCGAUCUCUCAGGAUCAACCAUCUGGUCAAGUCAGACAUCAACAUAUCUUUUCAACUGUCAGAAGCAUGGUUGUACGACCCAUCACCCAACCGAUAUCUACCGAAGCAACCCGUAUCCUCAAAACCACUAAACCGUCUGGUAUCUUUCCUAACCUUCAGCAUCUCUCCAUCAUUGGUCCACCCCUCUCAUCCUCUCAAUCGUUUGACGACAUCCUCACCCUGCUGGCGCAAACUUGCUCACCUCGCAAGAUCACUUUCGAGCUUACAGAAAGUGCUUGUGGUUACUACGCUUUCCGUGGAUUCAUCGGAUCUCCGAAGAUCAAGAAGACUCUGAGUCGACUGAUCAUCCAUAAUAUGCAUACUUCAUAUCUACGUCGACCGUCACCUAUCGAAAUAACAGUAUCAUUCAGAGAUCAUCUCUGUACACCUAGAGAUCAAUAUGGACGUAUCAAAAAUGGGAAAAGAUGUAGUUGGGAUUGUGACGAGAGAUUCGCAGAGGUUAUCCUACAUUACCUUCAAUCUUAUCCCGGUCACAGUGAAUUCCCACCUCUUAGAAUCGUAGAAAGGAUAAAGACAGAUUUGGUACAGAUGGAACCCGAGGGUGCAGUAGAGGAGAAGGAAGAAGAUGAAGAUGAAGAUGAAGAGUCUGCCACGGAAAGCGAACAAAGCGAGAAUGAAUAUGAAGAUAUGUCCACAACCGAUACCGAUAAUUUGAGAACUCCACGAUCAAAUCAAUUAACAAUGAUCGCUUCGAAGUUGGAUAAGAUGAUAAAUCGAGAAGCUGCGGUGUGGAAGUACAAUCCGGAUCAAGAUGAGAAAGUCAGAUUGGCGAAUAUCGAAAAGUGGCAGAAGAGGGUGGUCUUCGUCGAUGAGGUCGAUGGACGAAAGCUCAAAGGUUUUGGUGAUGAACAGGAAAAUAAACGAUGUUGA